CACACAAUCAGUUCAUCCUCGGACCCAGUCGGACCGCAACACCCGUAGGGCGCCAUCUGGGCUUCUAGUCGCCAUGGUGGGCACGGUGGGCACCAAGCGCAGCCCCGCCUUGCUCUGGGUUCUGCUCUGCGUUCUGCUCUGGGUUCUGCCGCCGCACGGCGCCCGGGGCGCGCCUCCCGGUGCUAUCUCUUUUAGCUAUAAAUUCACCAUUACUCCUCAUGGACAGCCAUGGUAUAAAAUUCAAGGCCAGAACAAUGGAAAUACAUUUCUUGAUUAUGAUUCUAAUAGCCAGAAGAGUGCCACAGAGGCCUCGGAGAGACAGAUUACAACUCUAAAAGGCCUGCUGGAAGAGUUCAAAAAGCACCUGCUUGACAUUAAACCAGAAAUUAUUAAAUUCAUUGGAAUAGUUUAUUUCUCCCUGAAGGGCACCAUGAUGUGUAAGCAGGAAUCCAAUGGACACAAUAGCGCAUUCUGGGAGUUUGGCUUUGAUGGACAUACAUGGCUCCACUUUCACUUGAAGAACAAAAGCUGGACAGUGUUGCGACCUGAAGGGGAACUGUUAAAGAAGACAUUGGCGAGUGACAGAGCUAUGAUUGGUGACCUCGUUAGUACCUCUAAAGACUGUAUAGACUCGCUUCAGCAAGUUUCCAGAUCCCAAGGUGAAGUUGUGAGCACAAAAGCUGCAUCAACCACUGCCACAGCCACAGUUCCAUCCAAGGCCACAACUAGCAUGCCCAUCACUUGGAUCCUCCCUGUGAUCCUCACCAGUUUGAUCAUAGUAGGUAUCCUCUGCUGGGGCCUUAUAGUAACAGGUACCGAGGGCAGGAUUGAGUGGGAAGUGAAAGGCAGAUGGCCAGGGGUGAGGGAGGUGGUUUCCCAGCCUGACCCCUGA